UAUUACAGUACGACGGCUCGUGGAUCAACUAUUUCUAUGGGUUCUACAUCGUGGAGCUCUGGAGUUACACACCGUUAACUAUCGAUCAACUGCUGUCGCUGUAUCAACAUUCAACAGUAAUUUGACUAGCAGUAGACACUGUACGUUAUAGCUUGAUUUUUACCCAUGUCAAAGGAACGGAAUAUACAUGUGCAUAUCCACGACAGAAGAUAGUCUUGCAAUUUGAACCACAAUGCUUGUUCUCAAAGUCAUUUGAUAUUGCAAAGUGAUGGGAAAUAUUUCUAUUUAAAAAGAAAAAUGGCUGAGGAGUCCUGUCCCGUGGCCCUGUCUGAGCUGUGUCUGGCCCAGGUGUGUCUCAGCCUGGACUCCCUCUGCAGUACGCAACCAGAUGGCUCCCUGAGGCUCAGCUGGGCCCCACUGCUCCCACAGGAAAUGGCGGAUCAGCUACUGCACAAGAUGGCUGCCCAGGGCACGCUAAAUGACAGAACAGUCGGUAUCUUCCGCAGCUGUGAACAACUCCGUCUGCGCAGAGCUUGUGUCCGCUCCUCCCCCCUCUCUGCAGAGGCCUUCCGUUUGGCCCUCUGCCCUCACCGGCUGCAGGAGCUGGAUGCUUCUGGGAUCCCUGGGGGCCUCACUGGUGCCCACAUCCUCUCAGGCCUGGCCUCCAACCCGGAGUGCAGAGCCAGCCUGCAGAGGCUCACACUGAGCAGGCUCCAGUUGGGCUGGAUGUCCCUGGAGGUGAAGGAAGAGCAGGUAGGCUUCAGCUCUCUGCAGGGCCUGAGGACACUUAACCUGGCCAACACAGACCUCACAGACCCCUUCCUGGAGGACAUCUGUACUCUCCCACAGCUAGAGGUCCUGGACAUCUCCAGCACCCUCGUCACGGAGCUGAGCGCCCUGCUGGGUUGCCGGCUUACCCUGAGAUCCCUGACUGCCCACGGGCUGAGGCAGCUGGACAUGUCACCCGCCAGAGUGAUCUCCAUCCUUACCCAGCUCCACGCCCUCAGGCACCUGGACCUCUCUGACGACCGCUUCGUCUCUGCACCACCAUCCGCAGAGAAUGACGAAGGGGGGGAGGGGGAUGAAGCGGUGAGGCUGCUUCUGGAGGAGGGUUCUGGGAUUCUCCCAGCACUUGUGUCUCUGGAUGUGUCUGGAAGGAAGAAGGUGACUGAAGGGGCGGUCACUGCCUUCGUCGAGGGGAGGAGAGGGCUUUUGUUCCUGGGGCUUCUGGCUACUGGGGCUGGCUCCUGUGACGUUCUGUCUGGGAAGAAUAACUUAAAGGUGACCGGCGAGGCCAAUGAGAAGCAGAUCUGUGAAUCUCUGAGGAGGUACAGAGAGAGAGAGUGUUUCACACGUGAGGCCCUGGUCCAUCUCUACCAGCUGACUAACGACAUGUACGACCAGACCAGACCAGACAUCCUGAAGCUGGUGUUGGGAGGGAUGCAGAACUACUCAGAGUCUCUCCAUGUCCAGCUGGUGGCCUCAGCCUGCGUCUUCAACCUGACCAAUCAAGACAUGGCUGUGGGCAUGCCCCACCCCCUGCUCAGCGCAGUUGUGCAUCAGGUGCUGGAAGCCAUGAGAAGCUUCCCCAGCCACCAACAGUUACAGAAGAACUGCCUGCUGGUGCUCUGCAGUGACACCAUCCUUCAGGACGUCCCUUUUGACAGGUUCGAAGCAGCCAAGCUGGUGAUGAACUGGCUCAGCGGUCACGUGGACCGGACCCUGCAGAGGAUGGCUGUGGCCGUCAUCUCCAUACUAGUGGCCAAACUGUCUACAGAGCAGACCACACAGCUGGGGGCAGAUAUAUUUAUUAUGAAGCAGCUGCUGGGUAUAGUGCAACAGAAAGCCAUGGCAGGAGUAGUGGACUCCACUCUGAAGUUUGCCCUGAGUGCUCUGUGGAACCUGACUGAUGAGACACCCACUGCCUCGCGACACUUCAUCCAGUGUCAGGGCCUGGAGCUGUACGAGGAGGUGCUGGAGACCUACUCUUCUGAAUCUUCUAUACAGCAGAAAGUUCUAGGUCUUCUGAACAACAUAGCAGAGGUGGAAGAGCUGCAGGCAGACAUGAUGCAGGAGGACCUGUUGGAGCAUGUUGUGACCCUGCUCCAGGGGCCCCAGGUGGAGGUGGGGGUCAGCUACUUUGCUGGGGGCAUCCUGGCCCACCUCACCUCCAGACAGGAUGCAUGGACCCUAGACCAGGGGCUCCGACAAACCAUACUGGAACAGCUGCAUGCUGCCAUACUGACCUGGGCCCUCCCUGAGCGUGAGAUGGUGUCCUACAGGGUGGGGAAGUCCUGCACAACAGAGCUGAGUGCAGCCUCACUGCCCUGGACCAUGACAGUGCCGUUCUGGUCGUUUCGGCCGUUCUUCUCCUUGCUUCAGACCUCUCAGCCUGCUGGAGUGCAGCUAUGGGCUGUCUGGGCUAUGCAUCUUGUCUGCACUCAGAACGGUGAGGGUGUGCAGUACUGCCAUAUGCUCCAGGUGGAGGGGGCAGUGGAACUCCUAAAGACAUUGUCCUGUGACCUUGACACCCACAGCAAUGUCAGAGGGAUGGCAGAGAGCAUCCUGGGUAUGGUGGAGCGCCACCAGACCACCAGCAAUCCCCUGAGAACACAGACAGAAAAGGGACAUCAUGGGAGGUCAUGAUGGAUCUGUGACCCUUGACCCCUUAGUCACAGGUGUGUUAAAAUAUGAAUGGGAUCUGACAUCUCUUUCUGUGUACAGUCUACUAUAUGUAUUUUUUAGUAGUUGCAUUGGUGGGAAUUAGGAAAAUAAAUAUUAAUAUAUUUGUUAAAUGCUCAGAAAGACACUUUUUGACAUCAGACUCCUCAAUACCUAGCUGUAGAAAUCAUUUUUCAACAACAACAUUCUAAAAGAUCACUGGAGUUGUUCUACAGGUAUGUGACCUGGAUAGUUUCUGCUUUUAAAAAGAAUAGCAGAGCUAUUUUUAGUCGAUAAUUAAAACAACUUUCAAAAGAGACUAGAAUAAUCAGCUCUCCGAAUUAAACAGGAAUGUAACAACAAACGGGUGUACUGUGUGUGUUUGGAGUUUAAAAUCCAAUCUCUGUCACCAGAGGGCUCUGAGGUGCUGUGUAUAUACCGAUGAUGUAUAUAAACCCUGGAUUGCUGAUACAACAUUUGCGUAACAAGUCACAUAAUGAGGUGCAUGGACUCAUUCUGUUUGCAAGAAUAGUGUUUAACAUUAUUUUUGAAUGACUACAUCAUCUCUGUGCCCCACACAUACAAAUAUCUGUACGGUCCCUCAGUCAAGGAGUGAAUUUCACACAGUUUCAACCACAAAGACGAGGGAGGUUUUCCAAUGCCUCUCAAAGAAGGGCACCUAUUGGUUAAAAAAAAGCAGACAUUGAAUCUACCUUUGAGCACGGUGA